ACUGUUUCUAUGUGACUGUGUGCGUGACUUUUUGUAUUGAGCCUCGUUGGUUGGAUCUUCUUGGAUGGCUAUUCAGUCUCAGGGCUCUCGGUGCCCCAGUUCUCAGAGACUGGUCACCUUGCCUGUUCUUUCCUCACCACCACCAAGAUUCGUUCUUCCGUUCUUAACCAUCCCACCACCACCGCACAUCCUCAUCUCUCUCCCACGCCGACCGUAUACCACGACCACAACCGCACAUCUAUCCGCAACCGUCGCACUCGCCGUACGUACUAAAGAGGCUUUAGUAUGUCUUACUCGGACUCCGACUCACCUCUGUCCUCGCCUCCCGAGAGCGCCGACGAGGCUCCCGCGCCCAAGACCCGUCACAUCGACGUCAAUCGUACCAAACGCCAGGUGAAUGCGGAUGCGGCAACCACCAGCACCAGCAAGAAGGCCGCCGCGCCCAAGAAGAAGAAGAAGCCGACCCCCGCGCCGCCAGCUCCGACCAAAAUUAAGCUCAAGGCACCAGCACCUCCCCCUCGCAGUCCAUCGCCUCCCCCCAAGAAACGCAAGAAGGAGCCGCCGCAUGUGUACACCCUCGCCGACUCGCCGGAGUUGGCGUUUAUCGUCAUGUUUCGCUCGCGUUUUGCCGACGCGUUCAAGGGUGUGCCCAACCUGGGCUGCCAGGACAUCGAGCGCGGCAUUGUCGACUCGACCCCCUCGGAGCAGGUCGAACAACUUCUGUGCAGAAUCAUCUCGCUGGUGCUAAACAGAAAGAAACCCGUGGAGAGGGGACAUCACAACCGCGCGUUGGAAGAAGCUGUACACGCUCACCAAGCUCAAUGGCCGAGACAGUGGCAGGGAAAGAACCCCAUGCCCGGAGGCAAGGGAUUCGGAGACCUCGACACGACCGGAAGAAUUACCGCGCUUAAAGCCCUGAUUAAUUGGGCCCUUACCUCCUCCGAGCAGAUCCGUACGAUCAUCGCAGAGAAUUAUAAAGGGUCCAGAAGGGACGACGAUCUGAACGUCGCUAUAUCGGUGCAGCCGUGGGGACGGGACGGUGAGAAGAGAAAGUACUGGCUUAUUGAGGGACGAGACGAUACUCCGUUCAGACUGUACCGCGAGAAGAAUGCUGGAUCUAUGGAUAGGACCUGGAUCAACAUUGCCGGCACCAUCGAUGAGAUGCGUCAAGUUGCGCACGAGCUCGAGGAGGACGACGGAACCAAGCAUGCGAUGGCCCUCAAGACCAAGAUUGACAGUGCAAUCCUGCGGUUCGAGGAAGGCGAGAAGAAACGUCAGAAGAGGGAAUAUCGCGCUACCCGCAAGGCCAUGUUCUCGCAGCCGAACGGCGCCUCCCUGUACGAAGGCCGCACGCGCGGCAAGCGUAUUAGGUACAACUUCUCGGACGCCGACGACGACAAAGAUUCCGAGGAGACGCGUUCCGGGCGCUCGACGCGCAACACUCCGCUGCCCGAAGCUCCGCGCUUCACCGCGUCCGGCCGCCAGAUCCGCAAGCCGCAGACGGGCCUCUACGGCGAAGUCAAGAUCAACGGCAGCCGCGGAACCUCUGCCGGAAGCGAGACCGAGGCGCCGCCGCCCUUCUCGUACGCCGAGGACCAGUGGGAUGGCGACAGCCAGGGUGACGACGACGACGAGAACGAGGACGAGGUCAACGCCGACGACGAGAACGAGGACGACGACGAGAAUGCCAACCUCGACUCCGCGUCCGAGCCCGAGUCCGAGUGGGACGACACCGCCUUCGUCCCGCUGGGCGACGAGAAGAGGUCGCUCAAGAUCAUCCUCAAGGUCAACAACAAGGGCCGACUCUCGCGCGCCAGCAGCAUGGCCAGAGAGGCCGCGAGCCACCACGACCGCGUCACUCGGGCCAGCAGCGCCGCCAGGG